GUCUCCGUCUCCGCCGCCUCUCCUCGCGGAGGGGUCGCGGAGCCUUCAGAGGCCACGCACCCCGAGUGGACGGAGGGCGCGGAACCUUGGCGGGCAAGCCGAGAAGAAGCCACGCCGGGCUGUCGCGAAAGGGAGGAAGGAGAAAGGACCCGACUAGGAGUCGCGGCGGCGGGAUUCUGUUUCCUGCGGUGGCGGACGGAUUUGGCAGUACGUUAACUUCCGGGAGCGUCCUGGCCCUGAGAGGAAAAGCCCUGAAGGAAACAAUAACAAACGAGCAGGAGGAAGCGCUCCUGGGUCUUGUGUGAGGGACGGUUCUGUCCUGAGAAGAUGUUCUGCGGCCCCUGUGAGGGGACGUGAGAGGGCUUAGUGACCGUCCGCCCGCCUCUCCCCGCUCGCGCACCGCAGGGGCCCCCUGGCUAUUGCCAUGGCGGCCGUGGGCCCAGGGGGCUACGCGGCGGAGUUCGUGCCGCCGCCGGAGUGCCCGGUCUUUGAGCCCAGCUGGGAGGAGUUUUCAGACCCUCUCAGUUUCAUCGGCCGCAUCCGCCCUUUGGCUGAGAAAACUGGCAUCUGCAAGAUCCGGCCCCCCAAGGAUUGGCAACCUCCAUUUGCUUGUGAAGUAAAAACCUUCCGCUUCACUCCCAGAGUCCAGCGCCUGAAUGAACUUGAGGCAAUGACUAGAGUGAGAUUGGACUUCUUGGAUCAACUGGCAAAGUUUUGGGAACUUCAAGGAUCUACAUUGAAGAUCCCCGUGGUGGAGAGAAAAAUCCUGGAUUUGUAUGCUUUAAGCAAGAUUGUUGCCAGCAAAGGAGGUUUUGAAAUAGUCACCAAAGAGAAGAAAUGGUCUAAAGUGGGUAGCCGCUUGGGAUAUCUGCCAGGAAAAGGAACUGGGUCUCUUUUGAAGUCACACUAUGAAAGAAUUCUCUACCCAUACGAGCUUUUUCAGUCUGGUGUCAGCCUUAUGGGUGUACAAAUGCCUGAUUUGGAUAUUAAAGAAAAAGUUGAGACUGAGGUUCUUAGCAGUGAUAUCCAACCUUCCCCAGAGCGGGGAACAAGAAUGAAUAUUCCGCCAAAGAGAACAAGACGUGUCAAGUCUCAGUCAGACUCUGGAGAAGUAAACAGGAACACGGAACUGAAGAAACUUCAGAUUUUUGGGGCUGGACCCAAGGUUGUGGGCCUGGCAGUAGGAGCAAAAGAUAAAGAAGAUGAGGUCACCCGAAGACGAAAAGCUACCAACAGAUCAGAUGCAUUUAACAUGCAAAUGAGACAACGGAAAGGAACUCUCUCUGUUAACUUUGUUGAUCUCUAUGUUUGUAUGUUUUGUGGCCGUGGAAACAAUGAGGAUAAAUUGCUUUUGUGUGAUGGAUGUGAUGACAGCUAUCAUACGUUUUGUCUACUUCCGCCACUACCUGAUGUGCCCAAAGGAGACUGGAGGUGUCCUAAAUGUGUUGCUGAGGAAUGUAAUAAACCUCGAGAAGCCUUUGGAUUUGAGCAAGCAGUAAGAGAAUAUACACUUCAAAGCUUUGGCGAGAUGGCGGAUAAUUUUAAAUCUGAUUAUUUCAAUAUGCCAGUCCAUAUGGUUCCUACAGAACUAGUAGAAAAGGAAUUCUGGCGGCUAGUAAGUAGUAUUGAAGAAGAUGUUAUUGUAGAGUAUGGAGCUGAUAUUUCUUCAAAAGAUUUUGGAAGUGGAUUUCCUGUAAAGGAUGGUCAGAGAAAGAUGUUGCCAGAAGAAGAGGAAUAUGCACUUUCUGGUUGGAAUUUGAAUAACAUGCCUGUUCUAGAGCAAUCUGUUCUUGCACAUAUUAAUGUGGACAUUUCUGGUAUGAAGGUGCCAUGGCUGUAUGUGGGGAUGUGUUUUUCUUCUUUUUGCUGGCAUAUUGAAGAUCACUGGAGCUAUUCCAUUAACUACUUGCAUUGGGGCGAGCCAAAGACAUGGUAUGGUGUACCAUCUCAUGCUGCAGAACAACUGGAGGAGGUGAUGAGGGAGCUGGCCCCUGAGUUAUUUGAAUCACAGCCUGAUCUCCUACAUCAGUUAGUAACCAUCAUGAACCCAAAUGUGCUCAUGGAGCAUGGUGUGCCAGUGUACAGGACUAAUCAGUGUGCUGGAGAGUUCGUUGUGACGUUUCCUCGUGCCUAUCACUCUGGAUUUAACCAGGGAUACAACUUUGCUGAAGCUGUGAACUUCUGUACUGCUGACUGGUUGCCCAUUGGACGUCAGUGUGUAAAUCACUAUCGAAGGCUGAGGCGCCAUUGUGUCUUUUCACAUGAGGAACUCAUUUUCAAGAUGGCAGCCGAUCCAGAAUGCUUAGAUGUAGGGCUGGCUGCCAUGGUUUGCAAAGAGUUGACUCUCAUGACUGAAGAAGAAACACGAUUGAGGGAAUCAGUUGUACAAAUGGGUGUCGUGAUGUCAGAAGAAGAAGUUUUUGAACUUGUUCCUGAUGAUGAGCGACAGUGUUCAGCAUGCAGAACCACAUGUUUUCUCUCAGCUCUCACCUGCUCCUGUAAUCCGGAGCGACUUGUAUGUCUGUACCAUCCAACUGAUUUGUGCUCCUGCCCCAUGCAGAACAAAUGUCUUAGGUACCGCUACCCACUAGAAGACCUCCCUUCUCUACUUUGUGGCGUAAAAGUGAGGGCACAGUCUUAUGACACUUGGGUCAGUCGUGUUACAGAAGCAUUAUCAGCUAGCUUCAACCAUAAGAAAGAUUUGAUUGAAUUGAGAGUAAUGUUGGAAGAUGCCGAGGAUAGGAAAUACCCAGAGAAUGAUCUCUUUCGAAAGCUCAGGGAUGCAGUGAAAGAAGCUGAGACUUGUGGUUCUGUGGCUCAGCUGCUUCUGAGCAAAAAGCAAAAACACAGGCAGAGCUCAGAUAGUGGGAAGACUCGGACCAAACUGACAGUAGAAGAAUUGAAGGCCUUUGUCCAGCAACUUUUUAGUCUUCCGUGUGUCAUCAGCCAAACUCGACAAGUGAAGAAUCUGCUGGAUGACGUAGAAGAAUUUCAUGAACGUGCCCAAGAAGCCAUGAUGGAUGAAACCCCAGAUUCUUCCAAACUCCAAAUGUUGAUAGACAUGGGCUCUAGUCUCUAUGUGGAACUACCUGAAUUGCCUCGACUGAAGCAAGAGCUACAACAGGCUCGGUGGUUGGAUGAAGUUAGACUAACCCUGUCAGAUCCACAACAAGUCACUUUGGAUGUCAUGAAGAAGCUCAUUGACUCUGGGGUAGGGUUGGCACCUCAUCAUGCUGUGGAAAAAGCAAUGGCUGAACUGCAGGAGCUCCUCACAGUCUCUGAACGAUGGGAAGAGAAGGCUAAAGUCUGCCUGCAGGCAAGACCUCGACACAGUAUGGCAAAUUUAGAAAAUAUUGUGAACGAAGCCAAGAACAUUCCAGCCUUUCUACCCAAUGUAUUGUCCUUAAAAGAAGCCUUACAAAAGGCUCGUGAAUGGACAGCUAAAGUGGAAGCUAUUCAGAGUGGCAGCAACUAUGCUUACUUGGAGCAGCUUGAGAGCUUAUCUGCUAAAGGACGCCCCAUCCCUGUGCGUCUUGAUGCAUUGCCUCAAGUGGAAUCACAGGUCGCAGCAGCACGGGCCUGGAGAGAACGGACUGGGCGGACCUUUCUUAAGAAGAAUUCCAGCCACACAUUGUUACAGGUGCUAAGUCCUCGAACUGACAUUGGUGUAUAUGGGAGUGGAAAAAGUAGGAGAAAAAAAGUAAAAGAAAUAAUAGAAAAAGAAAAGGAGAAGGACCUAGACCUUGAACCUUUGAGUGAUUUAGAAGAAGGACUGGAGGAGACCAGAGAUACAGCCAUGGUGGUGGCAGUUUUCAAAGAACGAGAACAAAAAGAGAUUGAGGCCAUGCAUUCCCUCAGAGCAGCCAACCUAGCCAAGAUGACAAUUGUGGACCGCAUAGAAGAAGUAAAAUUUUGUGUUUGCCGCAAGACAGCUAGUGGGUUUAUGCUACAGUGUGAGCUCUGCAAAGACUGGUUCCAUAACAGCUGUGUUCCCCUGCCUAAAUCAAGUUCCCAGAAAAAGGGAUCUAGCUGGCAGGCUAAAGACGUAAAAUUCCUUUGCCCUCUUUGUAUGAGAUCUCGAAGACCCAGGCUAGAGACUAUUCUGUCACUCCUGGUAUCACUUCAGAAGUUGCCUGUACGGUUGCCUGAAGGAGAGGCACUUCAGUGUUUGACAGAACGUGCCAUGAGUUGGCAAGAUAGAGCACGGCAAGCCUUAGCCACAGAUGAACUGUCCUCUGCCCUGGCCAAACUCUCUGUGUUAAGCCAACGGAUGGUGGAACAAGCAGCACGAGAAAAAACUGAAAAGAUCAUCAGUGCAGAACUCCAAAAAGCAGCUGCCAAUCCAGACUUACAGGGACACUUACCUAGUUUCCAACAGUCUGCUUUUAGCCGGGUGGCGAGUAGUGUGUCAUCUUCCCCCCGUCAAACAGUAGACUAUGAUGAUGAAGAAACAGAUUCUGAUGAAGAUAUUCGGGAAACAUAUGGCUAUGACAUGAAGGAUACAGCCAGUGUGAAAUCCUCUAGUAGUCUGGAACCCAAUCUCUUUUGUGAUGAAGAAAUUCCCAUUAAGUCUGAGGAAGUGGUAACUCACAUGUGGACAGCACCUUCGUUCUGUGCAGAACAUGCAUAUUCUUCUGCUUCUAAGAGUUGUUCUCAAGGUUCUAGCACACCAAGAAAACAGCCUCGGAAGAGCCCUUUGGUUCCCCGAAGUUUGGAGCCUCCGGUGUUGGAGUUGUCUCCUGGAGCAAAAGCCCAGUUGGAAGAACUCAUGAUGGUGGGAGACCUCCUAGAAGUAUCUCUGGAUGAGACACAACACAUAUGGCGGAUUCUGCAGGCCACACAUCCCCCCUCAGAGGACAGAUUCUUACAUAUCAUGGAGGAUGAUAGCAUGGAAGAGAAACCACUAAAAAUGAAAGGAAAGGAUUCUUCUGAGAAGAAACGGAAACGGAAGCUAGAGAAGGUAGAACAAUUUUUUGGAGAAGGAAAACAGAAGGUCAAGGAGCUAAAGAAAAUAGAUAAACCUAAAAAGAAGAAAUUAAAAUUAAAUGUGGACAAAUCCAAAGAACUGAAUAAGUUGGCCAAGAAGCUAGCAAAAGAAGAAGAGAGAAAGAAAAAGAAAGAAAAGGCUGCUGCAGUCAAAGUCGAGCUUGUGAAAGAGAGUACUGAGAAGAAAAGAGAGAAAAAAGUGCUGGAUAUCCCCUCAAAGUAUGACUGGUCAGGAGCAGAGGAAUCUGAUGAUGAGAAUGCUGUGUGUGCAGCCCAGAACUGCCAAAGGCCGUGUAAGGACAAGGUAGACUGGGUGCAAUGUGAUGGUGGCUGUGAUGAGUGGUUUCAUCAAGUUUGUGUUGGUGUAUCCCCAGAGAUGGCUGAAAAUGAAGAUUACAUCUGUAUAAACUGUGCAAAGAAGCAGGGGCCAGAUAGCCCAGGCCAAGCACCACCUACUCCCUUCAUAAUGAGCUACAAAUUACCAAUGGAGGAUCUUAAAGAGACCAGUUAGCAGAUGCUUGGUUAGCUCGCAACAUGGGGGGAAGUGGACCACAUUGAGACCUUACUCAUCAAGCAGAGUGGUUCCGACCACUCAGAAUGUUGUUCCCAAAGAUGAAUGGACUUCAGAAAGUCCUCUUAGUGCUGGCUUCCUCUGUGUAUGGAUUGUGUGGGCUACAUUCUCAAUCAUCUGUGCAGAGGAUGUCUUCUUUGGUACAGCAGCCAGUAUUUCAGCUCUUGACUCCUUUGAGUAUGGUUUGCUGCGUUAAGGUCGGGUUCUUGGUGGAACUCUCGAAGCUGUUUGGCGUUAACAUGGUGUGCUUAGUGGGGUGUAUAAUAUGUGACUUAUGACAAUUGAAACUAGUUGUGGAUGGUUACACCUACAGGUGGUGCCAUCAGAGGGCCCUGACUGUUUGAAUCUCCUUAGUUAGGAUAAUUGAACAAGAGUCAGAGUACAAAUCUCUUUCCAUAAUUACUGGCAUUUAUGCCCUACUGAUCCAGUUAGGAGGAACAGGCCAAAGUUACCCUUUUAGAAGUCUUGGGAUGGCAGUGCAGUUUGUAGACCUGCUUGUGCUUAUUUAUACCAAUAAGAAAAUCCUCCAAAAGAGCCCCUCACUUUCCUCGGGAGGAUGUCAGCAGUUUAGAAAAUCUGACUAGACUGGAUUCUGGGAAGAAGGUUUUUUCUUAUUUCAAGGCAAGUAUCCCAUUGGUGUAAGAAGUCGUUCUGGGUCUGCUUUAGAGAAGGGAGGUACAUGAAUUCAGGUUCUGGAGGAAAUAGCGAUGAGUAAUGAGAAUAUUUCACUGAGCCUCGGUGAUGCAUGCUUAUCUGGGAAACCCUCUUCCACAAGUAUUCCCGACUCCACCAUGCUUCAGGCAUGGCCAUGAGCAAAACUGGCAAAUAACAGCUUUUGCCUUGCAGCCCUAACCUUAAUGCCUGUAGUUUCCAACAUGGCCCCAGAAGAUGUUCAUGAAUAACACCAUGGCUUCGUCAGAGGAUAUGGGGUUAUAAGUCCUCUGGGUGUGAAGCUGUUUUAGUAAAUCUGUUUUUAAAAAGAAAGGCUUGUUUUUACUUUUUUCUAAAUGUCUGACUACUGACUGUUCUAUAGAUUAUUUUUCCUUUUUUAAUAUACAUAUAUGAAUAUAGAUAUAUAUAUAUAUUUACUGUUACCAGCAGCGUAUGACAGAGUUUGAGCAUCAAAAAUUCCAUUUGGGAGCUUGCAUUUUCUUUCUGCUUUUUGAUAAAAAAAAAAAACAAAAAACAACAAAAAAAAAAACCCAUUCCUUCCUUGUAGUACAAGGAGUUAGCACUCCCUUCUCCAUUCUCAUUUAAACAUAUCUUCCACUUUUCUUCUGUUCAAAUAGAUAAUAUAUUUCCUUCAUGUUGGGACUUGUCCCUGUCUGUUGGGCAGCUUGGUCUUACGCUAGUCAGUACUGAAUGUUAUGUAUGUUUGAAACUAUGGUGCUGUGUCCUCUCCCCCUGUUGUGUUUUGUGUUCUUAUAGAGGUGUUAGGUGUACUCUGUAAACUCUUACUAGAAGGGGACUAAUAUAUUUUAAAGGACAAAAAAAAAAUUUUCUAAAAAUAUUUAUCUUCACUAUCCUGUGUUAUUUUGGUUUAAGAAUCUACAGUUUGACUUAAAUUCAUCAGUUAUCCUUUUAAAAGGGGCAUUGAGCAAACCUAAAGUUUGUCAUCUCUGCUCCCCUUUGCCCCAGUCUCUUAAGGAAAUGUCUUCUAGUAACUAGAAGUGAGAUGUACUGUCCAGUUACAGACUGUGUGGGUAUGAGGGUUACCUCAAAAGGCAUCUUUAGAGAAAAAGUUUUUCUCUAAAAAUGCCUUCUCCCAAGUGCUAACCAGGCUUGACCCUGCUUAGCUUCCAAGGUCAGACAAGACAUACGCAUGCAGGUGGUACGGCUAUAGGUACAACAUCCAGUUUCUGGUUUAUACUACCUACUUUUUGGUCUCUUUACCAAUAACAUUUGAAUAUCUUGACCAGUUAUGCGGUUUGAAUGUGUUGUUGUGCUUGUGUCUUGAAUAUCCAUCUCUGUGUGGGUGUGAGUAGCAGUUACAAGGUUAACUAAGUAAUUAGUUAAUUUCAUACAUUUUUGUUUUGCCAAGCUAUGAAGAUUAUCACUUAAGAAUUUUAUUUGGCUGUUAUAACGAAAAAAGCACAAUUUUUUUUUUUUACCUUUUUGUCUUUGUAAAAGACUUGAAAUGCUUGUGGUUUAAAAAUUGAGUGUAUUCCCACCCUUCAGAAAUUUAAAAUGUAAGUGAUGGAAUCCCAAAAUGCACAUUAAAAAAAAUUGAUUUUUCUUCCAAUUAACUAUUUUCCAUUAGCUGUUCUCAACAAAACAGAAUUGUGAGGAUGCUGAAAGGCGAUUGUUUGGGGAAUAAUUGUGUACUUUGUACAGUGUUUAUCCUUUGGAGACCUCAGAAAUAGGCAGUAUGUCUGUACCUGUGACUAGCUGCCUGUCAUCUUCUGACAUUUUGAAAGUUUUAAAUAUAUAAUUUAAUUGAUUCAUUUGGCUCUUUCUGUACUUAUUUGAGGAAUUUGGCUUAUCUUAGCCAUAAAUUUAUACCAAAAUUCAAAAGAACAUAAGAUAGGGGCUAGAAAGAUGUCUCAACAGUUCAAAGCACUGACUGCUCUUCCAGAAGACCCAGGUUCAAUUCUUAACACUACAUAAUGGCCCACAGCUGUCAUUAACUCCAGUUCCAGGGAAUCCUGCAUCCUCCUUCUGGCCUCCAAGAGCACUGCACACUUGUGGCACACAGGCAUAUACAUUCAGAACAUUCUCAGACACAUAAAAUAGAAGUAAUUAAAAGAUAGUUUAAAAAUAUUCUAAAGAUAUAAGGAAAAAACUAGCACUCUACCCACAAAUUAUAAAUCCUGUAGUUUGUGAGUUAAUAAGAGUCCUCUAUCUAAGGAAAAGUAGAUGUUCUAAUGUAAAGCAUUGUUUCACCAAAAUUACAGCUACAUUCUUCUGUAUAUUUUUACAUUUUGUAUUAAAACUUGAUUUAUAAUGUUUCUCUUUCUGUCUCAAAGUUACAGUUCUUCGUUAUUAGUAUUUUAGCUUAAGCUUACUUAAGCAUUUAAUAUUUUUUAAAGCUAUUUUUCACUGCCUUCAUUGUGGAUAUUUUGACAAAGGUAACAGAAUGAAAAGAAAUUGAAGUCUGCAGAGUGUGGUGUAGUAUAAACACUAAUCCCAACACCUUGGGAGUCAGAGGCAGAAGUUUAAGGCCAGCCUCAUCUACAUAGCAAGUUCCACACUAGCCAAGACUACAUAGUAAGACCCUAUCUCAAAAAAUAGUGAUAAUAGUUAAGUCUUUGACAGUUCUUGACAGGUCAAGUCAUUAGAAGUGUAUGCAGUCCUCGUAUUGGGAAGUACAGGGUAGCAAUGGUUCCUAGUCCCUAGCUAGUGAGGAGACGUCCUCAUCCUCUCAUCGAUGUCAUUUCACUCCCGGUUCCUGCAGAAGCCACGUGGAUGUGGGGUUGGAGAAGUGUGGCUCCCUCACGAAGCUGCUAUAAACUAGCGUGAUGUGUGCCUCAGUGAGAUAUGAAUUACUGCCUGUCACACUUCAAAGAACUGAGAAGCAGACAGUAAAUCUGUGAUGCCCAUGAUAAAAAUGUGCCAAACCCUACGUUAACCUGAGUUCCUAGUGCUUCCCUUCCGUCUCUGCUUUUGUCCAAAAAAUGUCGAUUUUCUUAGUUUGCUGCAUGCAGUUUAAAGAAACUGCUUGUCAACUGGGUGUGAUGGCAUACACCUUUAAUUCUGACACCUGGGAGACAGGCAGGCUGGGUUACAAAGUGUGUUCCAGGACAGCUGCACAAGAGGGAGAGGCUGUCUCAAAACCAAACCAAAAAAAAACAAAAAGAAACGGUUUGUCAGUUAUUUAAUUCUGUAGUAUAUUUGGGUGUCAAUCAGUAAAGUAGGAAAAGUGGGGAAAUUAAGAAAGCCUACCUACCUUGCAAAAAGUUAGGACAGUCUACUUGCAGGAGAAAGCAACAAUUUGGAGUGGAUCUUGAAAUUUGCAAAUUGUAAUUUUAAGCUGUUGAGUCCCCAAAUAACCCUAAAACC